GGUGCGGGGCUGUCUGAGGCGAGGCGAGGCGAGGGAUGCCCGGGGGAAGCCGUCCCCCGCCGGGCCCCCGGCCUUUGUUCGUUGCCGGAGGGAGCGCGGGGGCAAAAUGGAGGCGCUCCCCGGCGGGGGGCCCUCCUCGGGCCGCCCCCCUCAGCCGGUCGCUGCUGGGUGCCCGUCGGCUUUUCUGGGCGCUUUCUUCUCCUCCUCGUCCCGGUGAGGCGGGACGGGGCGCAGCCCUGAGGGGAUGAGGCGGCCGGGAGCAGCCGCCUUGGCACCGUCGGCGCCGGGAGGAAGGCACCGGGAGGGCUCCCGGAGGCGGUGCGGGCACCCGCGGAGGGAAACUUGAGGGGAAGAGCUUGUGCGAUGAGCUGCCUCGCCGAAGAGCUAAGCUGUGCUUUACAGAACAUGGCCCGAUAAUGCCUUCACUUAGGCUCGAGCCCAGUUAAAAAUCAAGGAAAAGAUGGCUUUCCAGCCUGACAUUGCCGCCGAGGGCCACAGCAGCCUCACGGAUGGAGAGGCACUGGGUGUGCUGGCUGUUUGGGAGCAGCGGGUGGGCACAGCCACAGCUGAGAUAGUUUCUUCACUUUUCUAGGCUUGGCUCUCUCAUUGACCUCUAGUGUGCCUGUAGGCAAUCUCCUGUCCCUUCACUUUUCCAUCUAAAAUGGUUUCCUGCAUCCUACAGCUGCUCAGCAUGUCUUGGCUGCUCCCACUCUGUGCGCUCUGACCAUGAGCAGCAAUUCCUCCCUCAGCAACGCGAAUGGCCUGAGGAACCUCACCACGCAGGAGGACGGCGCAGUCAGAGUCACUGAGUCCAUUGCUAUAAUCAUCAUUGCUAUUUUCAUCUGUUUGGGCAACCUUGUGAUUGUCGUCACCCUCUAUCGGAAGUCUUACCUUCUCACAUUGAGCAACAAGUUUGUGUUCAGCCUGACACUCUCCAACUUUCUGCUCUCCGUAUUGGUGCUACCUUUUGUUGUCACCAGCUCCAUCAGGAGGGAAUGGAUCUUUGGAGUCGUUUGGUGCAAUUUCUCAGCCCUGCUCUACAUGCUGAUCAGCUCAGCCAGCAUGCUUACUCUUGGACUCAUAGCUAUAGAUCGGUACUAUGCUGUCCUGUACCCUAUGGUUUACCCAAUGAAGAUUACAGGCAACAGAGCAGUGGUAGCUCUCGUGUAUGUGUGGCUACACUCCCUUAUUGGCUGCCUCCCUCCUCUCUUUGGCUGGUCGUCUUUGGAAUUUGACCAGUUCAAGUGGAUGUGUGUGGCCGCCUGGCACAAAGAGGCUGGUUACACUGCCUUUUGGCAGAUCUGGUGUGCGUUGCUGCCUUUUGUGAUCAUGAUGAUCUGCUAUGGGUUCAUAUUCCGUGUGGCUAGGAUUAAAGCCCGCAAAAUCCACUGUGGUAGCGUUGUCAUUGUGGAGGAGGACUCCCAGAGGAACGGGAGGAAGAACUCCAGCACCUCCACGUCCUCCUCGGGCAGCCGAAGGAACGCUUUCCAAGGGGUUGUCUACUCUGCGAACCAGUGCAAAGCCUUCAUAACCAUCUUGGUUGUCAUCGGCGCUUUUGUUAUCACAUGGGGGCCUUACAUGGUAGUAAUUACAUCGGAGGCACUUUGGGGAAAAAACAGUAUUUCCCCUGCCUUGGAAACAUUAGCUACAUGGUUGUCCUUUUCCAGUGCUAUUUGCCACCCGUUAAUAUACGGACUGUGGAACAAAACGGUGCGCAAGGAACUACUAGGAAUGUGCUUUGGGGAUCGGUAUUAUCGCGAGUCCUUUGUUCAGCGGCACAGGACUUCGAGGUUAUUCAGUAUUUCCAAUAGGAUCACAGAUUUGGGACUGUCCCCUCAUCUUACUGCCCUCAUGGCAGGCGGACGGCCGUUGGGAAACAGCAGUAGCACAGGAGACACAGGUUUCAGCUGUUCACAGGAUUCAGGAACAGAGGCAAUGCUUCUUGAAGACUAUAGCUCAGAUGGCCCUUCUGUCCCACACUGCGUCUGUCCUCCUCGAAGGAGGAGUUCAGUGACAUUUGAAGAUGAAGUUGAGCAAAUUAAAGGUGGGCUUAGGGAAGUUGCAAAGAAUUCUGUUCUUCACGUAAAAGCUGAAGUCCAUAAAUCUCUGGACAGUUAUGCAUCCAGUUUAGCCAGGGCUAUUGAAGCUGAUGUAAAAAUCAGCUUGUUUGGGGAAGGUGCUUUACCAGGAGCUCUGUUCCCUGUGCGGACUCUGCCAGGAAGCAGCAUGAACACACGGCGUGGUAUCAGGCCCCAUGCUAGCCAAAGACUUCAACUGCAGAGCAUCGAUGAAGGGAAUAUUUGACAGGAGAACUAGAGAAAAAAAAGAUGGAACAAAACCACUAAGCGGGACCUACUCUGUCUACUACUGUUUUAACAGAAACAGGAUACCUUGUUGGGAUGUUUUCAGUGUUUUUUCAACACUUGAAAGCCAGCUGAAUUCUGGUACUUGCAUCAGCAUUUUGCAGCAGUUUUUGCUUACUGUUUAGGGUGCUAUUGACUCUUUUGUGCCAUGUCUUAAAUCUGUCACACAAGGCAUAGGAAUGCAGGGUUUGGUUUCAUCAGCCAAAUCAUUAGUCUAUCAAAUCUCGUGUCCAUUUUUGGCCGAAGCUGAUAGAGGAAUGAAAAAAGACAAGUAUGUGCAGUAUUUAAAUAACAAUUGUAGUGAUACUUUUCUGGCCACCAGGAUCAUCAGUUUAUACUUGAUAGCUGGCGUGUUCUGUUAGGAGCUCAUACUUGAGAUACUACAUACAGUCUUACUGUCACAGACUUCCAAAUGAUGGAGCAUGGACUUCACUAAGGGACAAAAACUGAGCUUUACCAAUAGCUCAUGCACAUCAUGGUCCUUCUUACCCUUGCUAGCAGAUAUUUCUGGCUGUUUGUCAGAAUGCUAGAUAUGAAACCGAAUUGUACAUUGCUUCUGCUUUACGAGACACCAUCUUCUCCAGAUGUAACGGGUGGAAGGAGACCAGUGCUGGAAAUAGCACAGAUAUUUGGGGAAACUGUCAAUGCAGAGUUCUUAGUUCUCUAAGAGCUUCAGUUCAGUUCCCUGGUUUUGCUUUUACUAAAAGGGCAUGCUCUACAGCUGCAGGAAGACAGGAUAUAAAUAAGGUAUUACCACUUUAAUUAUAUAUUCAGGAUUCAUCUUUUGCAUAGAAGGAAGUUCUAUGAAUUAUUUUUUUAGUCAUGGGGGGAUGUAGUAUUUAAGCAAUAAUUACCUCAGUGCACAUAUUUCUUGCAGUUUUAAUUAAUUAAUCUGUAGAAUAAGAACAUUUAGCACUUAACAUUGCACUUUGUAUGUUCCAAGCACUGUACAGACAUGACCUUGUUUAGGCCUGUGUGAGAGGGCUGAUCAGCCCUACUUGCCAAAGGGAAAUGCAGCAAUGCGUUAGGCUGGAAAUGAAACCAGCUGCAAAGGUGGAAAGAUUUUUUUUUUUAUGAAAAGAGAGAUGAGGUGGAUCUUAGGAAAACACCCAGCCUAAGGAAGCUUUCUGUGCCUUCUUGGGCUAGCCCCUUUCUUCCUUUAUGGGGGUUAUAGCCCUGCCUUAACGCUUCUUUCAAAGAUGUAGAGGAGACAUAAAUUAGUAGAAUGAUUUCUAGGGUCAGUAGCAGACAGACCAAAGGACCAGUGAGUUGCGUUUAUUUUUGCUGUUUGUUCUCCCUGUCCGUCCUUUGAAGUGUUUUCUCCUUAGAAUUGGUUUGAGUUUUUGCAGCAGACUCUUUGGAAAUCGGGGGCAGGAUGUUUACAUCUGGGCAAAAAUCGUGUGUAUGGUUGUUAAAUUAUGGCUGUGCGCAACUUGCUCAAAGGCACAGAAACAAUCUGUCUCUGAGGCAGAGCCUCAGUCCAAUACUGUAUUUAGACAUCCUGUUUGUCUGUGUUCCCAACUGAGAAAUAUAUUUCAGCACAAGCUUAUGUCUAUCUGUGGACAAAGCAGCUCGACUUUGAACUAGCCCGAAUCCAUUACAUUCCCAUGUAAGAUUUAACUGCAUGCUUAAAAUUCAGUACAUGUUUUGCUGAUUAGGAACAGGCUCUUAAAGCAAGAACUCUUAAGCGCCACUAAGAUGGCUCUUAGCAUAAUGCAAGAUGAAAUGCGUAGUGAAUUGAGCCUGCUUUGGGUUGUACAGGGAGUUAAUGUGCUAAUAAGCAAACUAUUGAUCCCAGCUCCUCACUCCUAUAUUUUUUAAUUUAUUUUUUAAAACUUUUAGUGUUAGAUUAAUUGGCACUUCAGGGCGCUUGUUGAAAACCCAAAUCCCGGUAUUUGCCAGGAAAUGCCGUGCACUGAGGUCAUUAUUGCUCUCGUUAAUGUUACAGUCACAGUUGUUCAGAGUAGUCAGCACUCCUUAAGGUAUGCACUUCCUUCAGAGGGCUUGCAGUAUUUUAUCUGCAUCCCAUUUAUAUCACAUUCCUGCUUUGAAACAAGUUGAGCAAAGGUGUGGGUGAACGCAGAAAAGGCACGUGUGAGUCUCAAUGGAUAGUUGUCGAGUAAAGCUGGUGCUAGGCCAUAAUGGAGUGUAUUUAGGAGCAAAAAUUUCCAAGGCACGUGUGAAACCACAAUCAUCGCUAGUGUCGUGAAGAAAGCACAUUUUUCCACAGAGGCACUGAGCCAAACUCAGCCUUCAGGCAGGUCAGUGGAGCUGCAAUAGCUUGUGCCAUGACUGACUUGGGCUCUCAGCGUUCAUUUCACUAAUCCAGUAUUUAGCAUAAAUGUUAAUAUUUUUGCUAAUCAAAUCAUAACCUCUCCGUAAUUGUUAUUACCGGAGUAAUUUUUUCUACUUGUCAUUAGCAAAAGCAGCAGUUACAGAAAUGCACACACUCUGUAAAAUUGUAUUCACCAUCUU